GAGGGAGGCACGGAGGGAGGGAGCGAGGGAGGGCGGCGGGCGCUGCCUGCCGGGGCGGGCGGCAGCAGCAGCAGCGGCAACAGGAGCAGCAGCAGCAGAGCGAGUGGCGGCCGGGGCUGCCCCGUCCCUGCCCGCCGCUCCCUUCAUGAGCCGCAGCUCGGGGCCCGGAGGAGCGGCGCGGCGGCGGCGGCGGAGGGAGCCCGGCAGCGACUGAGCAUGGCCGAGCGGCGCGGGCCGGCGGCCGGCGGCGAAGUUGGCGGCGGCCGGUGGCGGUGGCGGGGCCGGUGGCGGUGCCGGUGGCUGCUGCCGGUGCCGCUGCCGCUGCCGCUGCUGCUGCUGUGGGCGGCGGCGCUGCCGGCCGGGGGGCAGCCGCCCGCGCCGCAGUACAACGGCGAGCGGGGCAUCUCCAUCCCGGACCACGGGUACUGCCAGCCCAUCUCCAUCCCGCUGUGCACCGACAUCGCCUACAACCAGACCAUCAUGCCCAACCUGCUGGGCCACACCAACCAGGAGGACGCGGGGCUGGAGGUGCACCAGUUCUACCCGCUGGUCAAGGUGCAGUGCUCGGCCGAGCUCAAGUUCUUCCUCUGCUCCAUGUACGCGCCCGUCUGCACCGUGCUGGAGCAGGCCCUGCCGCCCUGCCGCUCCCUCUGCGAGCGCGCCCGCCAGGGCUGCGAGGCCCUCAUGAACAAGUUCGGCUUCCAGUGGCCCGACACGCUGCGCUGCGAGAAGUUCCCGGUGCACGGGGCCGGCGAGCUGUGCGUGGGGCAGAACGCCUCCGAGCGAGGCACCCCCACGCCCGCCUUGCACCCCGAGAGCUGGACCAGCAACCCCCAGCGUGGGGGCGCCGGCGGCGGGGCUGGGGGCUCGGGGUCCGGCGAGCCCCGCGGGCGCUUCUCCUGCCCGCGGGCGCUGAAGGUGCCCUCCUACCUGAACUACCGCUUCCUGGGCGAGAAGGACUGCGGGGCGCCCUGCGAGCCCGGCCGCCUCUACGGGCUCAUGUACUUCGGGCCCGAGGAGCUGCGCUUCUCCCGCACCUGGAUCGGCAUCUGGUCCGUGCUCUGCUGCGCCUCCACGCUCUUCACCGUGCUCACCUACCUGGUGGACAUGAAGCGGUUCAGCUACCCCGAGCGGCCCAUCAUCUUCCUCUCGGGCUGCUACACGGCCGUGGCCGUGGCCUACAUCGCCGGCUUCCUGCUGGAGGAGAGGGUGGUCUGCAACGAGCGCUUCGCUGAGGAUGGCUCCCGGACCGUGGCGCAGGGCACGAAGCGGGAGGGCUGCACCAUCCUCUUCAUGAUGCUCUACUUCUUCGGCAUGGCCAGCUCCAUCUGGUGGGUCAUCCUCUCCCUCACCUGGUUCCUGGCCGCCGGCAUGAAGUGGGGCCACGAGGCCAUCGAGGCCAACUCCCAGUACUUCCACCUGGCCGCCUGGGCAGUGCCAGCCAUCAAGACCAUCACUAUCCUGGCCCUGGGGCAGGUAGACGGGGAUGUCCUCAGCGGCGUCUGCUUUGUGGGCAUCAACAACGUGGACGCGCUGCGGGGCUUCGUGCUGGCCCCCCUAUUUGUCUACCUGUUCAUCGGCACCUCCUUCCUGCUGGCCGGCUUUGUGUCCCUCUUCAGGAUCCGGACCAUCAUGAAGCACGAUGGCACCAAGACAGAAAAGCUGGAGAAGCUCAUGGUGAGGAUAGGCAUCUUCAGCGUCCUCUACACGGUGCCGGCCACCAUCGUCAUUGCCUGCUAUUUUUACGAGCAAGCUUUUAGGGAACAGUGGGAAAGGAGCUGGGUCACGCAGAGCUGUAAGAGCUAUGCCAUCCCCUGUCCUAAUAACCACAGCAGCCAUCACCCACCCAUGAGCCCUGACUUCACCGUCUUCAUGAUCAAGUAUCUCAUGACCUUAAUCGUGGGCAUCACCUCGGGCUUCUGGAUCUGGUCGGGGAAAACGCUGAACUCCUGGAGGAAGUUCUACACCAGGCUCACCAACAGCAAGCAGGGCGAGACCACCGUCUGAGACCCCCGGCCGGGGGGCCGGGCGGGCGGAGGACCUGGGCUCAGCCCGCAGAGCGUCUGCCGUGCCCCGGUACCGGCCGCAUGCUCACGCUUAUCCAGCCCCAGCAAACUUCAAACUUUGCGGACUGCUUGUCGUCCUGCAGGCGACGGGGAGCAGAGGAAAAAGUCAGGUGGGAAACUCCUGCGCUUGGGACAGACUUGUUUUUUUUUUUUUUUUCUCCCUCUCUCUCUCCUCUCUCUCGCUGUCUCCUGUAGGAACUGAACGUACUGUAAGGUUGGGGGAGAGGGAUGUAAAUAGCCUCUGUAAGAUUUUGUAAGUAUAUUUGUAUUUAAAUUACAAAAAGUCUCACUUUUUUAAUUAUUUAGGACAUUUUUAACCCGUUUGCAGAUUUUGCUUCCUCGCCCUCCCCUUUUUUUAAAGAGAGAAAAAAAAUAAAUAAAAAAGGCAUUGGAUUUUUAUUUUGUAGGGCAGGAUGGGGAAAAAAUUACCGGCAAAAGAAACCAAAACAACCCCCUUUCUUCUCCCCCCCACAGGUUUUGUAAUGGCUUUGCUUGGAGUUUCAGUUGCAUGAACAGCAGGGCCUGGACUGAGGCGGCUGUGACUGCCUAGGGCGCCUCCCGACACGGGCUGGGUGCUGCUCCCAGCCUGCCAGAGGUAUGUGGAGGUGGAGGUGGGGUUGGGGAGGAGCACCGCUUCCUGACGGCCUCCCUGCCCCACGGUGGGGACAGGGCAGCCAGGACAGUCACCCGGCCACGCCGUGGGGACAUGGCCACGCUGUGGGACCGCGCUUCGCCAUGCCUCGGCCGGCCCCAGUAAAGCCAAGCCCUGCGCGCCUGAGUCAGGCCCUUCUUUUGGAGGGGGGAAAAACAAUGGCCUGCCCUGCUCGAAGGUGUGUCCGGCCUUUUUCCGGAGGGAGAGCAUCGCCGCGGUGCCCUGUACAAGGGGGGCUGGCUGCUGGCUGCCCUUUCUCGUUUUUUUUUAAAUUUAUUUAAAUGCACCACAUAGUUGAAAAAGAGUUGGCAGGUUUUGUUUGGCUUUGGCCAGGAGUUGAGGUCGAAUACCGUCUGCACCUGUAGCAUGUUGGAUGGCUUCAGAGGUGAACGGGGACGUAGAUAUACCAAACUUCCUUUUUUUAAAAAAAAAUAAUUUUUAUUUAAUUUUUUUAAACCCACCUAAUGAAUUUUCCAGUCAUCAAACUGAGAGGUGUCCGCUCUGGGUUCUCCUGUAGAAAUGAGAUUAUUGGUCUUGUCUGUCACAAGGUGCAUAGUUCUUGGAGGAAACAGAUAGAGCCUAACUGUGAAUCUGAACCCGGGAGUCAGUUGCAGCUCCUGCUGUCAUCACGGGUCAGCUUGUGCAUGUUCACAUUCUUCUGGUAACGAAAAUGUUGAGGGAGAACUACCUGGAACGCCUUGCUGCCCUGCUGGUGUUUACUGAGGUUAGCAGAGGGUUCAGUGCAAACAGGAUCAGGAAAUAUGAGCUCAGUAAAGAGAGCUUCAUCAGAAUAAAAUGCAGCAUUCAGAUUUUUUUUUUUUUUUUUUUAAUUAAAUCCAUAAGCUGGCUCUUCGUUUUGGAAGCAUUUGAGCCAUUGCCAUUCUCCUGAAUUUUAAUUCAUUGACAUUUAAUUCAUUACACAUUAUGAGGGUGUGAUGAUUUUUUUCAGUAGUAAAAACAAAGGAAGGGAAAACAGAAAACCAGAAUGUCUAAGCACUCUGGUGGGAUGUUAGUCCUUAAAGAGCCUCUGCUGUCUUUUUUUUUUUUUUUUUUUUUUUUUUUUUUGAGUUCAGUAAUAACAUCACAUACUACAAAGAUUUGGUAUCAUGUGUGCAGUAUGUCUAAUGCCUUGUAUUCUCCUGGGUGUGUGGGAUUGUACUUCUUGUUACAAAAGAAAAAAAAAGGUUAAAAAUGAAAUGUAACUUUCAACAGAUGCAUUUGAAUAUUUAGUCCUCUGUAUGAAAACCAGCAGAAUGCUUCUCUCCUGAUUGUAUUGUUUUAAACUUUUUAUAUUACAAAUGCCUGUAUUUAGGUUCAUAAACAUUAUCUAUGGCUACCAUACCCUGAAAUGCAAAAUUAUUUGAAUUUGGUAUGCAUUUAUUUCUGUUCAUUAUCACAAGAUCAUCUAUAUUUAUAGAGGAAUAGAAAUUUAUAUAUAUUAAAUACCAUAUUUUUAAUUUCUCUGAAAUAAAUUGAGGUUUUGUA